AUGCCUCCGAAGAAAAGGAGUUCCAAGUCAUCCGUGGCUGACAGCUCGGAGGCACCACCAUCGCCAACACCGCCCGCGGCAUCUUCAGUGAAGAAGUCGAAAGCAAAACCGGGAACAAACAAGGCUAACGGGACGACUGUUGGAUCUAAGGGGAAAGUUCCGGUCGUCACUGCUAGCGAGGCUGGGGGCUCCACCUCCGCCCCCAAGGGAGGUGAAAGCAGGGCAUUAACGGUGCAGCAAUUGAUUGGAGGUUUAUCCUGGACUGGGAAGUUACCGCAGGCAUUGCUUUAUGAGCAUUGUGUGAAAGCAGGAUGGAAUAAGCCGGAUUACCUCGUUGUAUGCAGUUCAUUCCAUAUUUCGAUAGUACGUUGACGAAAAAUAUCUACUAAUAGAGUCUCUCCUUUCCUCUCUCUUUGAUAUAAUAGAGGAAAGAUGCCACGAAAGGUUUCGUAUCAUCAGUGACCGUGACAUACAAUAAUCCCAAAACCAGCCACACCGAGUCAAUGCGCUAUAUCCCACCCUUUGAGAAGCCCGACGGCACACCAAUUAACCUACAAAUGGCCUCUAUACUCGAGGCCAAACACUUUGCCGCUACCUAUGCCCUCCAUCGCGUCUCCUCCAUGAAGAAUAUCCACAUGAUGCUCCCACCGACACACAAGGGCUACUGGACUAUAUUCGACGAGAUCAAGAGGAUGGAAUUCGCAAAGAAUCAUGCGUGGAUGUACGUCGCGGACCCAUUCCUCGACAGACGCGAGUGGAUGGCCGCGGAAGCUGUCAAGGAAAAAGCCCUAGCGGAGGCCAAAAAGGACAAGCCUGCUGGGGCGGUUGAUGAAAAGAUGAGGGGGUGGUAUCGAGUUCCGGUUGUGGACAUGGGGACCAGCCAGCGGAGGGAGGUAGAAGGGUUGGUCCGGAGGUAUCAUGUUUGGAAUCCAGCUGGGGUCAGAAUGACCAGGGAUCUAAUGGCGAAGGUCAUUUCGGAGUUGGUUGGGUUGGAUUUCAAGAGGGCGCAUGUUGAAGAAGCUUGUGGUUGGGUGAAGGAUAAGGAAGAAGCUUUAGGUGGGGGCUCCUGCAGGGAUGCUCUUCUUUUUAUGAAAAGAUUGUGGCUGAUUGGGCGCCAGAGUGGUUGUUAAUUCAUGUUCCGGAGGAUGACCUUCCGGUCAGGUUUUUGCCGGGGAAUUAUGCUACUGGUGUGACGUUUUCCUCUGGAGAUCUGCCGAUGGAAUACGCUGCUAAGCGUAUGGUUUCUCAUUCGUAAUUUCCAUUGGCGUCGCUAACUAUAUUCCAGGAUUAUCCGUCACCGGCUACUCUCUGGAUCUCUGCCGUGAAAUUCUAGCCCUUAACGCAGGAGAUGAAGAGCUUGCGGCAGAAGCACUAAUGCAAAUCCUAGUCUAUGGCCACCAGAAGACCCCCCAAGGCGCUAAGGAAGAGUCGCUAAUUUCUUUCUCGGAGACCGACCUCUGGGCAGAGGAAAUCAGUGCUCUAGAGGCAAUCUGGGGUCCCGAGAGGUACACCCAGAUAACACCUACACACUUUAAAGUGCUGCUUUCCAAUCCCCCUAUUCAGGGCUUAAAAUUGCCCCAAAAAAUAUUUCUAGAGAUACGGAAACCAACCUCGGCGACUUGGGAACUAGAAUACCCGCAGACAAUCCCGACAUUCACACUCUCCACCGAGGACGAUGGGGACGGAAGAUUGUCGGCACAGGUCAAACUCAGUAUCAUCAAGCAAACGGCAAAACACGCAAGCACUCUGCUCGGUGAACAGAUGAUCUUUACAGUGAUAGACUGGCUAGAGAGCAAUAUUGCUAGAAUUGUUGAGUCCCCGGGUAGACUUCGCGACGUCACAAGUGGUGUUACAGGAAGCAAUGAAGAUGAUGUAACACAUCCGAAUAAGGUCAAAGGAAAAGCCUCUCGACAUCGCAAUUCGAGAAACCCCGGGUCUAUUGAUUGGACCCCCGGUCAAGAAGCUAGUAUGCGAUUACUCGCGGCUAAAAAGGCCAAAUACUCUUCGCCCGAUAUGCAAAAGAUGCUACAAGCACGCAUGCGCCUACCAGCAUGGGAUCUGAAGGAAGAUAUAAUUGGCGCCGUGAAUGAUUGCCAAGUCACGAUCAUUAGCGGUGAGACUGGAAGUGGGAAGAGCACGCAGGCUGUUCAAUUCAUUCUGGAUGAUAUGAUCGACCAGCACCUUGGACAUAUCACGAAUAUCAUAUGUACCCAGCCCCGCCGUAUUUCUGCUCUAGGCUUAGCGGACCGAGUCAGCGAUGAGCGCUGCUCCCGAGUGGGCCACGAGGUCGGGUAUGCCAUCCGCGGAGAAUCGAACCGGAACCCCGCAAUGACUAGGAUCACAUUCGUCACAACAGGUGUCCUCCUACGGAGACUCCAAAUGGGCGAUAGCCUCGAUGAAAUAACCCACAUAUUCGUCGAUGAGGUGCACGAGCGCAGUCUCGAUACGGACUUUUUGCUAAUCCUUUUGAAAAGGAAGCUGGCCGUUCGGAAGGACCUCAGGGUAGUGCUCAUGAGCGCUACCCUUGAUGCCAAGGUAUUCUCAGAUUACUUUGGCGGGGAGGAGAAGGUCCGUAGGGUCGAGAUUAAGGGCCGGACGUUCCCCGUUGAAGAUUACUAUCUCGACCAGGUUAUUGUCAAGACCGGGUUUAAUGGCGGGGGGAGGUUAAUGCCUGUCAAGACUGCCGACCAUGAGGAUGUUCAGGGGGCGGAUCCGAGGGUUGCUAGUAUCAUCAUGAGUUUAGGGGAUAGGAUUAAUUAUAACCUAAUCGCAGCCACGGUCGGCACUAUCGAUGAGAUGCUUGGAUCUAGGCAUGGAGGGAUUCUUAUAUUCUUACCCGGUAAUUCGAUCACACACCCUCACUCGAUAUAAUUACUCAUCGGAUAUAGGGACUAUGGAGAUCCAACGAUGCAUCGAAGCUAUCAAGACCUUACCAGAUGGAAUAGGGCGCUUUCAUGCACUGCCUCUUCAUGCCUCCCUCACUCCCAACGACCAGCGUAGAGUCUUCCCCCCACCGCCCCACGGCAAACGUAAGGUCAUUGCAGCAACCAACGUCGCGGAAACUUCCAUCACAAUCGAGGACAUAGUGGCAGUAGUCGACACCGGAAAAGUGAAAGAAACCUCAUACGACCCCUCCAGUGGUAUUGUCAAGCUCCUCGAAACAUGGGCCUCCCGCGCAGCAUGCAAGCAACGCCGCGGUCGCGCGGGCCGUGUUCGUGCCGGCUCAUGCUGGAAACUCUACACUCGCAAUGCGGAACACAAAAAAAUGGCUGAGCGGCCCGAGCCAGAAUUAAAGCGCGUUCCGCUAGAGCAGACCUGUCUCGCGGUGAAAUCAAUGGAAGACGAUGUCCGCGGUUUCCUAGCGGGGGCACUAACACCCCCAGAUACCAUGGCAGUAGAAGGCGCGAUGAAACUUCUCGAGCGCAUGGGUGCGAUAGCAGACGAUGAUUUGACUGCCCUAGGAAGGCACUUGGUUCUCAUCCCGGCAGACCUCCGCUGCUCCAAGCUAAUGGUCUACGGCGCCAUAUUCGGUUGCUUGGACGUCGCCGUGACGAUCGCUAGCAUACUGACUACCCGAAGCCCCUUUAUAAAUACCCCCGCGACCCGCGAUGCCAGCCAACUCGCGCGCGCAUCCUUCGCUCACGGACAAGGGGACCUUUUAGCGGACUGUCAUGCCCACCAGGAAUGGACGCGCCUCCGCCAAUUAUCCUCGGUCAGGGACGUGAAGCGCUGGUGCGAAGAGAACCACCUCAGCCACCACACACUUCUCGACAUAUCAUCGAAUCGGGCACAGUACAUUUCCUCCCUAAAGGAAAUCGGUUUCCUACCGCUCUCAUCUUCCUCCACUUCUACCAGCGAUUUCGCAAGCCUGAAUCAAAACCACGAAAACGCUGUUCUCCAUAGAGCGCUCAUCGCCGCCGCCUUCAACCCGCAGAUCGCGAGGAUCGCCUUACCGGAGCAGAGAUUCGCGGGGUCGGCCAGUGGCGCUCUAGCUGUAGACCCGGAGGCGAGGACAAUCAAGUACUAUACCCACGCCUCCGGCCGCGCCUUUAUCCAUCCUUCCUCCACACUGUUCGAUGCGACUUGUUUCACCGGGGACGCUAGGUUCUUGAGUUACUUUUCGAAGAUGGAGAGUAAUAAAGUUUAUCUCAAAGACGUUACACGUAUUUCCCCCGUUCCCUAACCCUCCAUGUCCCUAUGCUAACUUGGGGAUAGCGACAAACGCAUAUUCCCUCCUCCUCUUCGGCGGCGCACUAGAAGUCGAUACCAUGGGGCGCGGCAUCACGGUCGAUGGAUGGCUGAAGUUGCGGGGAUGGGGAAGGAUCGGGAUUCUGGUCGCCCGGCUGCGGGCCAUGCUUGACCAGGUGCUCCAGGACAAGAUUGACAACCCGGGGUUGGAACUCGCCGGGAACGAAGUUGUGGCUUGUGUGGCGAGGUUGGUCGGGAGCAGUGGGGUGUGAUUCGGCGAUCUGGUGAGGCAGCCUCACUGGAGCCGCGGGCGGGGAGAAGGGG